AUGGCCUUCAUCGUACUUUUUCAACUUUACCUGCUAACUUGUUUUGAGUUUGACUUUAAACUUCGUGUUGAAGCAACCUUUAUGACAAUUAAUCUUCCUCCGAAUGAAAAUAAAUUUUUACCAAUUUACUCAAUUAUAUUUUUUUCAAAUAUUUUGGAAGAAUCGAGUGGAUGUAGAAAUGAAAUAAAUUUCCUCCAACAGGGAUUGAAGGAUGAAAAAUUAUGGAGUUUAAAGAUUUUAGAUUCCAGUGGUGAACCAAGUGCUGGUUUCAUUUAUGGCAACAAUUAUUGGCUCGGUUACCAAAGACAAUGUAUUGAUUUAAAUAAUCAUAAUUCAUUAGAAAUAGCACCACAUUGGCAACAAAAUAACAGCAUCUAUCGAAAUCCUGAUGAUGAAUUUCCUCCAUUCGAAGUGAAUUAUUUUGUAGCACGUUUUCAACAUAAUAGUACGAUCCAAUAUCAUUUUCGAAUGAAUCAUGAAGACAUUUUAUUUUUAGGACUUUGUUUGCCUGCAUCAUGUACCAAACAAGAAUUGGGUACAAUCAUGGAGAAAAUGAUUCAUGAGAGACAGUUUACGGUAAAUAAAAUCUACCCUAGUGGAUUUAAAUUACUCAAUGUGCUGGAUCUAAAGGACAAUUACGAAUGGGCAUUAGAUUGGCAUAUAAUAGCUGUAAUAUUCGUUUUGGUGGCAGUAUUCGUAAUGUCAUUUAUUGCUACUGGAUAUGAUGUAUUUAUUCAUCAAAAACAAUUAAAUCGUCUAAAAGUAAAGUCAAGGGAUUUUGUGCCUACAUCUGAAAUAGAAAUGAUCAAAACAAAUUCAUUAACGAAAUCUCAAGAAAUUCUUUUGUGUCUUUCUGCCUACACAAAUUCAAAAAAACUUUUCAAUAUUAAAACUGAUUCCGAUUCUAUCGAAGCUAUGAAUGGGUUAAGAUUCAUUGGAAUGAUAGUUUUGAUUUACUUACACGUAGGAUAUUAUGGUCUUAGUUUUGCUGACAAUGAAAUGUGGUUGUGGAGAUUACUUGAAAAUCUUAUGAUCGGAUCAUCGCGAGUCCUAGCAUUUUUUGUAGUGGAUACAUUUUUUUUCUUGAGUGGAUUUUUAUCAGCAUGGUUGCAUUUUAAAACUCGUCAAAAAGAGAAACAACAAAGCACUGAAAUAAAAUCAGCCAUGUCAACUUUUUUCGAUCGAUUUAUUAAAAGAAUCAUAAGACUGACACCUGUCUAUUUGGUAAUGAUAUGUAUCACUCAAUUGAGUUUUACGUGGGCUACAGCUAAUUCGAUAUUCAUUUCAUAUGAUUCACCAGAUAAUUGUUCCAAGUACUGGUGGAGAAAUUUAUUAUAUAUUCACAAUUUUUUUGGAUUAAAAUCAAUGUGCAUGAGUUGGAGCUGGUAUUUAUCUAAUGACAUGCAAUUUUAUAUUGUAGCUCAGAUUCUUCUACUUUUAUCUGAUACGUACUUCAAAUCAUCUUGUUUCAUAUUAUUCUCUCUUUUGGGAGCAUCAAUUCUAUUAUCUGGAUAUAUUUCAUAUAUUAAUAAUUUGAGUUAUACAUUAGAUGAUUUCUGGUUCAAAGCUGACAUUCAUUAUUUUCCACCUUGGACACGAAUUGCACCCUAUAUUAUUGGAAUCAUUGCUGGAUAUUUUUAUCAACGAACGAAAGACAAACUAAAUAUCUCUAAAAGGACAUCAUGGUUACUUUGGAUUAUCAGUUGUAUAUGUUUAUCAACAGUUCUUGUGAGUAGCUCUAGUGGAAUUAAAUCUAUCACAUUAACAGCAAUUUAUCUUGCUUUGAGUAAAACAAUAUGGGCAAUUGGUAUCGGUUGGCUCCUGAUUGCAUGUCAAACUAACAAUGCGAGAUUAACUAAUGAAAUACUUUCUUCUAAAAUUCUAAAACCACUUGGAAAUAUGACUUAUUGUGCAUAUCUACUCAACCCUGUUAUCAUAAACGUAGUGCAUCUGAUAAGUGAAACUCCAAAUCAUAUAGAUAUUCCUUCCCUUAUGAUUUCUACGAUUGGAUUCGCAGUAAUGACGUAUUUCUUUGCUUACUUGUUAACUGUAACUGUAGAAAUGCCUUACGUGUCAGUUCACAGAAUCAUCAACAAACCUUGGAUCGUAAAAGAUGUUUGAUUUAAAACGUUAAUUAAUAUUACUAUUUAUAAAUACUAAUAUUAUUAUUUUUAAACAUUUUGACCGAGAUUUAAAAUAUAAUACCCUCCUCGCACCUAGCCUCCUUUUUCCUUACUCCACAUGCCUAAGUUACAGACAUUGCUUUAAUUUUUUAACAUAUAUUUAAAUAUGAAA